GGUGCGACGAGUAAACGUUCUCGGUUUGAUAUCGAAACACUUGUGAAACGAUGAGUUUGUUUUUGCCCAAAUUGUCGUGCAAGAAGGAUUUAGAUGAAGUCAUUAAAACGGUCGCUGAGAAAGUGCUGGUGUUGCGUUUUGGACGAGAUGAAGACUCUGUUUGUAUGCAGCUGGACGAAAUUCUGUCCAAAACAUCCCAUAACCUGAGUAAUAUGACUUCUAUUUAUCUCGUGGACGUGGAUAAAGUACCAGUUUACACCCGAUACUUUGACAUAAGUUAUAUUCCUUCAACUGUCUUCUUCUUCAAUGGGCAGCACAUGAAGGUGGAUUAUGGGUCUCCAGAUCAUACCAAGUUUGUCGGCUGUUUUAAAACAAAGCAGGACUUCGUCGAUCUUGUUGAGGUGAUCUAUCGUGGUGCCAUGAGAGGAAAACUGAUCGUGCACAGCCCUAUUGAUCCACGAAAUAUUCCUAAAUAUGAUCUGCUCUACCAUGGGAUUUAGCUGUGAAUAAUUUCACCACAGAUUUAGGGGCUGGGUUUGUGAAAUGUACAUUAUAUUACAUGGAUAUGAAGACAAAAGUACUAGAGUUUGAGGUAAAUGGUGUUUGAGGUAUUCGUAAAUCAAAUGAAUAACUUUGUAGUUAUUUCCUAUGGAAAUGCAUUUUAGAUUAAAAAAAGUCAUCAUUCCCAUAUUAGUUGUUUUCAUAUGUGUGAAUGAUACUGUACCCUUUUGUUGUUUGAAAAAUGUAAAGAAUUAGCAUUUGUAUACUUGUUAAAAA